UCAUCCCUCCAGUUCGAUUCACCGUCAUCCGCUUCGCCGGCGUUGAGCUAUCUCUGGCCGCCGGUCGUCGCCGUGAUGGAAAAUGAUAGUGAGAGAGAGAACAGCGGAUGCGUACUUGGCUUCCGCUACAACCCAUGCCUCUGUCCCCACGCACGUGGCGCUCCGAUAUUGGCGCCGCACCCGGAGCGGUGUCGGGUCGAGAGUCCCAUGGUCGCUUUCGCCCUCACGUCGCCUCCUAUACUUCUCUCUCUCCUAUCGAGGGGACAGAGAGAAAGGCGGCAAAAAAUGCAAUUCCCCAUUAUCCUUCAUUCCGCAUCGAGAGCAUUCCGCGAUCGGGGAAGGAACGAGGGCAGCAGAUCUCGCCACCUACGCCACAUCCCUAGUUGAUCUAGCAUUGAAGUGCUCAAAUGAGCGAAGGAUGUUUUUUGCAUGAUAAGAUGCUAGACAGGAACUGGGUACUCAAGCGCAAGAGGAAACAGAUGUCAACUGCAUUGGAUUCAAUCACUGGGAAGGAAGGAGACUCAAUACUCCCCGAGUUAACAAAGAAGGGCUCUUCUCCUAGAAAAAAAUUCAAGGGUGAAGCUGAUGCUUCUAGAUGCUCAAAAAAAGUCAAAGGACAUGAUGGGAUGGGAGACGUAUCAAGUGGAGCAGGAAGAAGUUCUUGGUCGAGGCAAACGCUUGAAAAGAGCUAUAUCGUACAAGGAAACAUUUGCUUCCACACCAAAUGAAGCUUUGAGUGAGAGUGACAAUGAAGAAGAGCCAAGGCAAGAAUAUACACCUGCUGGCCAAGCUCUGAAAGAAAAAUUUGCGAAGCUUCGUGCAAGACAGAAAGAACGGAUUGCUCGAAGGCAGAUAGCUGGGAUUCAUUCUUCUGUUGAGAGAUCUGAAUCUUCUAUGCAGUUUAUUAAUCCCUGUGACGAAAGAAUGCUAAAUGGAGAUAUCAACAACAAAAAUGAGGAAGAUGCACAUGAGCUAAAUCUCACGGUCAAACCUGAGGAGGUCAAAUGUUCUCAGCCAUUUGAUUCUAUGGUUAAAAAUGGAGGGGUCGCAAAGAAUGGGCACAAAAGAGGUCAUAGCAGUUAUCCUGGUCUUCCAGUUAGUAAUCCUGAAAAUCUCUCUGAAGUAAUUUCACCGAGCAAAGACUUGGAGAAAACAGGUUUGGAACCUUCCGUGCCUUCUAUUUCUCUUUUACCUGUUCUUGGGCUGUGCGCCCCUAAUGCUGUUCAGAGACAUUCAGCAUGUCAAACAUUAGAACUCCGGUUAGUAAAAAAGUUUCCCGCCGUGAAAAAAGGACUGCCGUUGGCUUGCCAGAGUUUCUAUCAGCACCAUCAGUUGUCCGUGCAGGACCUUUCACUGACACUAGCAAUGGCAAAGCUCCUGCUGAUCCAUCAAACUUGUGAAACACACUUACAGACGCGAUGAAUUCGCGUUUAAAGAAUAUCAUUCCAGACAAAUACUUUCCCUUUGGUCCUGUAUGCAUUUACAUUUCCUUAAAAUUGUUGUUCCGAAUUACUCCAUUCCUUCCAUUUGUUUUGACUAUUUUUGUUGCCAUUCACCAUUUAACAAAAUCUUAAAUUUAAGUUUGAUAAGAUGGUGCUUCAUUUGCAGCCUCCACCGCCCAACUUUAGGAAGGGGACUUUCAGAUUUGGGUGAAAGUUUCGAUACAUCAUUCUCUUUAUCUCAUCAAAAGCUUGGUCUACCAAAAUUAAAUUUUGAUGAUAAGUUUCCAGUUAAGUUUGCCUUUCCACAUAGUACUUCAUGGAAACAACAAACAGACUUCUUACCAACACUUUUGUUGAGCGCAAAAAUGGAACUUCCUAACAGUUGUAAUCCAAACUUAUCAACUUUACCACCUGUGCCAAAUUUCGGACAUGACUUGGAUAACAAACUGAAACAAAAACUGCAGCUGCCAGAUUUUUCUCCAGCGCUGGGUCUUGGAACUUUGCAUAAUUCACCCAAAUUACCUGAAAAUCACAAGAAGGUUCUUGACAACAUAAUCAUGAGAACUCGUACAGCUGCACACAAGUUUUGGAAGAGACUAAAGGUUGAUGCUUGGUCAGAAGAUGAACUCGAUGCCUUGUGGAUUGCAGUUCGUAGGCAUGGCAGAGGUAACUGGGAUGCUAUGCUCAGAGAUCCCAAAUUUAAGGUUUUAAAGAAUAAAUCAAUUGAAGAAUUGUCAUCUAGGUGGAGCAUGGAGCAACGCAAGAUACUUGAUUUUCCCGCACCUUUUCCCCAAAACUCCAAUCUUUCUUCCUGUCUUUCUGAUGCUAUGACGGCACAGACACUGCAUGAUGGCAAGUUUUCUGGUACUGGGCAAGAUCCACCUGGAUCUCACUCUCACCUUACAGAUAUUAAAUUGGCUUGUGAGGAUUUAUUGCCAAAGAUCCAUUGCCUCGAACAAUCUAGUCAACCGGGGGCAGUUAAGGGAGGCCUUCCUCCGCUUCCGUUUGAGCUAGCCGACAGGUUUGGAUCCUCUUUUUUCGAAAAUUUGUUGGUGGAUAUGUUAAAUAGACUUGAGAAGACCAUAUUGCCUUCAAAUCAGUUUGUACCUCAAUUUGGAGCCCCAGGGAGGAUUUCAAGAAGUUACCAUGGUCUACCUCUAAACAAAGAUGGCUUGUUGGCUGCUACAAAAACCAUGAAAUUGCCAAUUUCACGAGACAAAUCAACAAAUUUACUCCCUGGGGCACAGAAUAUUCCUUCUAUUGAACCCAGCUUUUGUAUGCCAUUUUAUGCCAAUAGAAAGAUGGAGUUUAAUCAAUUUCCGUGCAAUGAUAGCAUUCCCAACAGUUCAAAAGCUAACAAGCUUCCUCAUUGGCUUCAAGAAGCGGUCAGUGUUCCAUCAAACCACCCUGAAUCAGUUUUGCCACCAUCUGUUUCAGCCAUAAUGCAUUCUGUUCAUCUUCUUUAUGGGGAAGACAAAUCAAUGAUUCCGCCAUUUGUGGCACUAGGACCUCCACCUCUGCAACCUAAAGAUCCUAGAAAGGAUUUGAGAGAGAGAAGGAAGUUAGAUCGGCUUCAGCAAGCAAUUCCUGAUGCUUCUUGUUCUAUUUCUGUUUCAGGAUCAAUUCCCAGAACCUCAUUCAAUGGCUUGUUCUGUUCCUCCAGAAUUACCAUUAAUGAGAUGCUGCUUUCCGGCUCAUUCCUCCAUUCCUCCUGUAUUUUCUCAAUCCACAGUUUCAUCAUUUCCGCCAUUCUUGCCUCCUUCCAUUCAUCCCAUACCACCAUUGUUUCCAUUCUCCAUUGAUCCAAUGCCAACACUGUUUCAAUCAUCAUCUUCCUCCUCCACAGCACUAUCAAUUCCAUGCACAGUCCCCUCUGUACCUCCAUUUUCACAGGACUCUGUUCCUGCAAAACCUACACUUAUUGCAUCCUCCUUUCUUCCUGCACCACCAUUGAUGGCCUCUUCGCCAUCUCUCACCAGAAAGGAAGCUCUCUUUACCCUUCAAUCCUUGAACUUGAAUCUUAACUCUCCUUCCUCUCCACAUGGUGGUCUGGGACUUCAAUCAACAGCAACGUCAUCACCAUCUCCUUCAAAGCUUGGUUUAGUGGCUCCUCAUGAACUGGUAACGCCAUUGGUGCCUGAUGCACCUACCCCAACCCUAAGCCAUCAAAUCUCUGAAAUUCCUGUGUCAAAGCUUCCCGGGCCUUCUCAAGAAGGCUUCAAAUCCUCUCAUAUGGAAGAAAAGGCUGAUAUAAACUCAAAUGUAGGUUGUGAGGAGAAGAUGGAGAAUCCAGACUCGAGAAAUGUGAAAUUUGAUUCAUCUAGCGCUGCUGAUGUUCUAAAGGUACAGAAAAAUCCAUCUCUAGAAACUGUUUCAGACACAAAAAGUGAACAAGAAUCUUGAAAAUUUUUAUUUUCCUUUUCUUAUUUUUAAACUUUGGUUAAAGUAAAUUAAUCUUCUUCUAAGU